AACAAAAGAGGGGCGCGGGAGUCCUGUUGAGAGUCUGGCCUGGUCUGGCCUGGUCCAGUCUGGUCUGGUCUCAUUCUGCCGCUAGACUUCAUUAUCACACCUGCUGUCCCGCUGAUUGGGCCAACACGGACCGAGCGGUUGGAAUCUACAUUUUCACACCUGCAGAGAAAAGCAAAGCAAAGCAAAGGUGUCAAAAUCAAAGAGAAGCAGGCUUCUGUAAUUCAUGUGCCCGUCUAUGUUCGCUAGGCAAGAUGAGUACAGACAGACCCAAACGGAAUAUCAUCAAAAAGAAAUAUGACAUCAGUGACGGGAUGCCUUGGUGUGAAGAACGUCUGGUCCGCAAAGUUCUUUUCCUCUCCCUCAGGGAAUUCAGAGACACUCACCGUGCCACGCACAAACACUCACACAUACACACACGGGCAUCGAAAAACACGCGUUUACAGCGAAAGACGCAGGCGCUGCCGAAAGCGACGCACGUAAGACAGAGUGCGCAGGCGCCACAGCAGAGGACCGCACCCAGAACACCCAACACGCACACACAGAGAAAAACACAAAAUAUGCACAUUUCAAAACACCUACAAAGCAAAGGGCAAAAAAACAACUCGUCUCAGGACUCGCACACGCCAAAAAAUAAAUGCACUCACACACUACAGAACGUGCAAACGCAAUCAAAAACGUGCACAGGGAAAAUAACACACACUGUGCAGCACACGCACUUACGAAAAAGUACACACACGUUCCAGAGGAAUUCUGCAUCGACCAGGACGCUACGCUCGCAUAAAACACUAAACACACGGAAACUGCCGAACUCCAAAUACACAGAGACUGCAAAUCACGCUCAUGCUCCUCAGCACAAGCACUCAGUGAAAAGCACCUACGCACCCGAGAACACGCGGGCGCUGCUAGGCCCUCCUGUCCAGGCCAGGACGCUGCGGUCGCACGCUCCCACAAGCCUCAGAGGCUCCCUGGUUAACGGCAUUAGCCGGUGUCAGUCCGUCCUGUCAGCGAGCUGGAGCUGGUCCUUACCGACACGCCAUCAACAGCGGCGCUCGGCUAGCAUCCAUCGUUACAAGGACGACCCUGCCAGCAAGAGACCACGGCUGCAAGCGCAGAGGAAGUUCGCCCAGUCCCCUCCCAGCUCUCCUGGACCAGCAGUGUCAACGACAACGGCACGGAGCAAACACACCCACAACCUGGCUGUGGUCACCUGUCUGACCCGACGCCGGCCCAAGACCGAGGACUUCUUGUCUUUCCUCUGUCUGAGAGGUUCAUCAGCGUUGCCUAGCAACAUGGCUUUCUUAGCAAGCGGACGAGCCAAGGAGCCAGCUGGCACUCAGCAUCUUACCUCCUGUCUCUCCACCAAUCACGGGACUGCAGCUGAGAGGAAGAACAUGAGCAUAUUCAGCAGAACCACAGCGCAGAGAGACACUAAGUCUUUGAGAGGGAGACCCGGAGGCACUGCAGGGGUCAGAUCCUUCUGCCCUCUAACUGCCCGGGCACAGAGAAGGAGGGAGAGGGAGAGGAGAGAGGAGGAGGAGCAGAGGAGGAGGAGGAGGAGGAGGGAGGGGACGGAGGAGGACAGGAGAGAGGGAGCUGAGAGACACCUGCUGAGACCUCGCCAGCUCUCCCUACAGGUCAGGAGGACUAACAAGGUUGCCAUGGUGACUGGACUCCCUGAACAAAGAACCUCCUGCGUCCAGUCAGUUCCUACGUUAAAGCCCAGCACGGGAUCGGGCAGCAGACGCUCCCCAAGACCGUGUACGAGGCCUAGCAAUACCUGUAAACCAAGAAUCCAGGAAACCAACAACAAGCACCUCUCCCUUCACAGCAAACACCGGCUGCCUCCCAAUCAGCACCUUCCUCUCCACCACCGAACGGUAUCGGACUACUACAGCAACCCCAAGACCUUCGGUGGUCUCCAGAACUCAGGAAGAAAUUCAAGCAGGACUCCUCCUUUGACUAACGGCCCAGUCAUCAGGACGCAAAGUGAGAACCCUGGGGGCCUAAGGUCAUCAAGGAGACGGAGAGGCCUCCCACCAGACACCAACCCCUCCCUUAUGAACGGGGCUCGUUUGGACGGCAGUUCGUCAAAGAAGUGCAGGACAGUGCGAUGCAACGAUGGCUGUGUCCCAUCAGAGAGCGAGAUCCCGCAGAGGGAGGAGGCUAACUGUGAUAAAGAUGUGAAUCACAGUGGUGAACUCCACUGUAGCCACGACAACGAAACGAAACGAGACACAUGUGGCCAUAUUGGAGAGAUGAGACCAGAGAGGGGCAGUUGCGUUGGCGAAGACCUACAGGGCGAGGUCAACGUUGGAGAGUUAAGUUUGACCAGCGGCUCUGCUAUGGAGCCCUCUAAAGAAAGGGUCAACCUCGCCGACAUCAUCACAAACUGUGACCUCAGCCCCGUCAGUGAGGUUGUGUGCAGUCACGCAAGAGAAAAAAGGCUCCAGAGAAAUCCAAGCGCUUCUUCGACAGCCCAUAAGCCAAUUACCAGGACUGCUGAUCCUAGGCCUGUUGCCAGAGUUGCUGCUGCUAGGAGUACUGUAACUAAAGCUGCUAUCAACUCAGUGUUAACCACACACAGACGCACUGGCCCACCAGCCAGUUAUUCUGCCAAGCACACUCCUAAGGGUACUAACAAGGGUACUAGCAAGAACGUUACCAAGUGUACUUCACCAGCCAGCGGUUUUGCUACCCAUAAUUCCAAAGGUGCUGCAAAAGACACUUCCGAGGGGAGCACUGAGAGCCCGACAGAGGACAGUGCACCUGUCAGUAGCUGUUCCAGCACUUCCAAGGGCCCUGCGAAGGGCCUUACCCAGACCAAGUCUACUACCUCAGCCAUUAAGACCAGGACCAGCCCCAGAACUCUUCCGAAGCGCUAACAAACAGCAGAGCCACAUCUGAAAACGUUCACAUAUUCACUGAAUUGAGAAUUGAUGUUAAAGGACACACGCAAGGUAUUUAAAAAAAAAAGUAUUGGAUAGUGUUGAUCUUAAGCACGGCAUGAUGAUGAUGGUUGUUGGCUGGUCAGAAGGUGACGCGACUAUGUGCUGCUCUCUACACUUGUCAAUGACUGGGGGAUUGUUUUAAUUCCAUAUGGAUAAAAUAAAUAAUUAGAGGACACGGUCAAACGGCAGACACGUUGCAUAAUGGACUGUAUAGUGAAAGGUCACUGUUUUCAGAUGCUUCUCUGCCGUAUCUGAAAUAAUAACUUGAUAUUUUUUUAAUCACAUGUAAAAGGCAGGUUUUUUUUUGUCAAAGCACAUAGUUUAACUUGAGUUGGUCUGCGGUGCAGUUUUCAGUAGCUUACCUAAAGAUAUCUGCUACAUACCAACGCUCUGGGGCUUUUUGGCCGGUCUUUGGUAGUCGGGUCACAAAACCGUCCUGCCUUUUCAUUUAAACAGGAAUAAUCUGUUCAGGAUGGUCUAGAUCGAUAACAUAAAGGGUUUCACACUUUCUAUGCUCAUCCGAAUUAAAGGAUAAAUUCAGAUUAUUCAAGUCGCUCCUAAAACUGUAGUGCUCAUAUGAACAAUGAAACGGGUUUAAAUCUUUCAUCCUGUUCAGACUGUCCAAUAAAAGAUCCCUUCCCAAGUCGAUUUCAGUGUAAGUGAAGAGGGAUGAAAUCCACAGUUCUGUGCAAAAAAAAAGCAACAAACAUAUCUGAAGCUAAUAUGAGGCUACAAGUCUUAAUGCCCCCCCCCCCACACACACAAUCACUUAGAUUUAAUUCGCAUUAGGAAAGUUUAUUUUUGUACACGUGGGAAUGUGAGUAUUGUUUUAAGACAGACUUGAAUAAUUGUGAACCUAUCCUUUAAAAAUCAGUGUCCAAUGAGCACAACAGAAACAUCCAGAACCAGUUUGUCCGUGUAAAACCAGCUGCACAGUCACUAGCCAAACUGUGACACAAACUGUGACACCAGAAGAACCCCCCCCCCAAAAAAAAUCUACUGGUCUGUUAAAGGGACAAGAAUUGUUUUCAAGUAGGAAACAUGCAAAGAACUAAACCAUUUUUUAUUUACUGAUUGUUUUCUUUUAUUUUCCCCUUCUGAAGCCUGUAAUGCCCGUACUGUACUACCAUCAACGGGUUUUUGGUUACGCUUCACCAGAGGCAGUGGGGCGAUUUGAUUUGAUUUGUUAACCUGCCAUCCUCCCUCUCCCUCCCUUAGUAGAAGGGAGAGAGCAGGGGAAGUAUAUUUUAGUCUAGUUCGCCUGACUCAUUGAUCCCUUAUCUGACGGAGGUUUGUGCCAGUAAGACUUUAUGGCCCAGACCGUGGCUCUGAAAAAUCAGUAGCCUUAGCAGCCGUGUGUUGAUGGAUCCAUAGUGCUGUCUGUGGUGCUGAAGUAGCAGACGGGUUUGUCACAGCGUCUUUUUCCUGAGUCCUGCCCUUCUGUCAGUUUCAUUGUGAGUCUAUAAUAUUCUCCGGGGGGAAGCGCUAAUCAAUAAAAACAGAACCAAAAAGGAUCAGUCUCUCCUGUUAAAAUUGAAGAAAUCGUCCUACCGACUAGGAGCUCAAAAGAGUGUGGAGGGGGGCCACGUAUUGAUGACAUGAGACAUGCUUAUUUCAAAGUAUGUGGAUUGAUAUACAUUUGUAGAAAUAAAAGGAGAUGUGUCCUCACACUGGAUGUCACCGAUACUACUGAAACGUCCGAAGGUUUUAGGUUUCAGGUGCUAUUAGUUUGCUCAUGAACUGAUUUUGGAGGUCAAAUAGAAGAGCGGUAAAAUGUUAUGUCUGUAUUAAAUUAAAUGUAAUGAGUCAAUACAUUGGUCAGUAUUGCACAUUUCUAACAGUGAAGCCCCCGUGUGUAGGAUUUAAAUAAAAAGUGAAUACAACUUUAAAGUGUCAUUUCAAGUGUCAUGUAUUAUUUAUUUAUGUUUUUUUGGUAAGAUGAGAAAACUCUUUCAGCCCCAGUGGAUUAUGAACACAUGAAAGGACAAAUAUUUGUGCAGUGAAAUCUAAGGCAAC